CUCGCCUUGGGGACGCACUCUUGUUCAGAUUCUGGAGGCUGGCGUUUUUGUGCAAGCCAGAACAGACAGGGAUGGAAGAGAAGGGGGGCUUGGGGUUUCUGAAGGGGCAGAGAGAAGAUGCCGACUUACCAAGGAAGAAGUGGGUCUCCAAGUGAAUUGGCCUGUUUCAGGAAACCAGAUAAGAGUAGACUUAGUAGAAAGGAAACGAGGCCUUUGCUCACCUGAAAAAAUCCUGAGGGGCAGUGCGGAUGUCAGGGUGCUGUUAACUUUAAUUCUGGCCUUGAUUCCUUAAGGUCUUCUGGAACAUGGGCUUCAAGACAACUGAGAAUGCCACUACCCUGCCUUGGAGCCCCAGCCUGGAGGGAGCUAGCUAAUUUUCUUCUCCCUCAGCAACCCAAAACUAGACUCACGUCCCAAAUAUUCCUUUUUGAAGCUCCUUUUUAUCUUUUAUUGUUAAAAUCUGGACCUGUGGGAAAGUAGAUGUCAUUUAACAGGUGUUACAUCUUACUGUAUUUGCAAGUAAAUUUCAUAAUUCACCCAAAGUAGUUAAACCCUUGUGCCCUAAGGCUGACAGUGCUGUUAACGAAGAUAAUUUCUGCACAUCGUUAUCCGCAACCUUCUUUGUGUUCAGUGUUCCUGGAUCAUCCUAAAUGACUCUCGCAGCAGAUUUAAAGCCUGACUCAGUUAAGGGUCUCUGACCAUUGCUUAUAUUGCUUAGCUUUGUUUUCUCCCAGAUUAUUAUCUUUUCUCAUGCCUCCCUCUAGGUUCUUUGGAAGGAUUUGCAUCUUAGUGUUCAUGGUUCAGGGUCAUUAGCAGGUAUAGCCAGUAUAGAAAACGUUGGGGCCCUUUUCAUGUGAUGUGUUUGGAGGUUCAUCUCAGGAGUACUGCCUUGUGGAACUAUGGCAAUAGGAAGUUGGGGACUGGUGUAUCUUCUAGCGGAGGGACUACCCAUCAUCAUCCCAUCUUGGUGGUUUCUCCAGGUGUCCUGCUGCCCGCUUUCCUCCUGCUUAUGCAGCAGUGCUCCUCCUGAUCCUCUUGCUCUUCCCUGCCUUGGGGCAGCUGUGGCCAUGGCUGAGAGAGUGCUGGCACCCACCCAGAUGGGCCGGGGAGACCGCUACUAUACAUACACUGAGCUCCUGGCCAUUUCUCGGCGCUUCAAGCAGAACCCCAACGAGCUUAUGAUCACCUGGAUCCUGCGGGUGUACGACCAGGGUGGCCCAGCUCUGUCCCUGAAUUCUGGGGAGCUGGCGCUGCUGGGUGACCUAACCCAUGAUGCCAUCUUCAACUACCACUGCAAGACGCUGCGGGGCGGCUGCCAGACACUGCUCACCUGGCUGUUGCAGGCCUGGCGCCGGCGCUGGGAGUCCUUCCUGCACUUUGAGGCCACUGAACUGCCUUUCCGACCCUGGACCACCAUGGAGGAGGGCAUCCAGCUGGUGCGUGAGCUGGGCAUGCUAGACUGGAUCUACCGUGAGCCGUCCUCUCCACCCUCACCUCCCGCACCUGAGUAUGCGGCACCAGAGGACGUGCCCUUCACUCAGGGCCUGCAGCGGCGCCUGCUGACAGCAGCGCCCUCAGAGCUGCGGCUGUCGCUGGUCAGCCUGCUGGUCAAGGGCAUGACGGUGCUGGAGGCUGUGAUGGAGAUCCAGACAAUUGCUGAUGUGGGUUUACUCUGGCGCCAAAGCCAGCCAGGCCGUGCCAAGCUCAUGCUGGGGCCCAACCCCACGCGCAAAGACCUCACGGGCUGGCUGCUCAGUCAUGGAGUGCCCAGGGAGAGGGUGGAUAAGCAGCCCACCAAGGUCCUCCUGGAGCUGUACAUCAAAGAGGCCAAGCGCAGCCGCAGCCAGCCACUCUAUGGGCUGGGAGAGGAACAGCCACCACCGCCCCCCUACUCUGACCAGGCCUGCGGGGAGGAGCCGCCCAUGCGCCAUGACUAGGCCCUUCCUGAUGACACCUAGUGGGUGGGCUGGGGAGGGAGCCCAAACUCCAGAAGAGCGGGCCCAGUCAGGCACAGAGCCUGUGUGCUUCCCCGUACCUCUAGCACUCUCACAUCACGUUUGGGACCUCUGAAGAAAGGGGCGCCCUUGUCCAUGGCUGCUCCCAUAAGCACUGACCGGAGCUGUGGAGUGAGUGAGCCAUCAAAACAGCCACUUGCCCAGUUGGGCCUUGGAGUGGGUUGUGCCAUUUUGUUGAUCUCAGCCUGGCAGCAGGGUGUCUGGGCACAGUGGUGUACCCAGCCUCUGAUGUUUGAGCCCAAAAGUCCUGUAGGCCAAGUGGAAACCCUGUGGUCCACACCACCUGACACCUUUUUACUUUUUUUUUGUUUUAGAUGCAGUAUUUCUAUUUUAUGUUAAGCAUAUGUGACACUUUGGUUUUAGUGAAGGUCAUGUCCCUCGAGGUCCUGUUUUCCUCUGUUUUGAUGCUUCCUUUUAAGGUAUGUUUUGCUGAGUGCCCCUCAGGUAGGGCCUGCCCAUUCUUUCAGGUGGGUCUGGUUUCUAAUCUAAUACUGGCCUCAGGCCAGUAUCUGAGGUAGGUUUAGUAGGAUUUCAACCAGAAUCACAGCUUUGGGGACAACUGGUGGUUCUGCUUUCACAGGCACUCAUUAAAUGGUACACACAU